AUGAGAUUGACAGUCGUCAUUUUGGCCCUUGCAGGCCUCUUCAGUAAUGGUGUCAAUGGAAAACGCGUCAAGAGAAUUGCAGGAGGAGGCAGAGUUGAGAUCGAGUACGCUCCUUACAUGGCCAUGAUCCGGGACUAUACAAAGGAGGGCCCUUAUGGCCAUGUAUGUGGCGGUGUCAUUAUUACGAAUAAGCACAUUCUUAGUGCUGCUCACUGCUUCGCUCAUAAUGAAAAUGACUUAAUGGAACUGGACUUUCUUGAUAACAUCGUUGUUGUAACUGGCGACGACAUGUUCACUUCGAGAUCGCAAUUAAAUGAAAUAGAAGUAAUUUAUAUUCAUCAGGACUUUCGUGGCAAUCACUUCCCUGGGUACCAGGACAAAGCGGACGUUGCAAUUAUCAGACUUGUGGAUGAGUUAGUGUUCGGUGCAAAUCGACAAGCUGUUGAACUAGCAACAGAAAUUCCACUACACCAUAUUGAAGGUUUCAUUUUUGGAUGGGGAGCUCCUGCUCCAGGCAGCCCGAAUUCUCGCACAUUGCAAGGAUUACAAGUUCAUUAUUUCAGUUUGGCCGCCUGCUCAUGGGUUUUCCCAUUUUCUGCUUUCACUAACGAUGAAGGUGACAGUGGUGGUCCUCUCAUAAUAGACCAGAAGCUCCUUGGCAUAAUUUCACAUGGGUCAUAUCACUGUGAUGGUUUAAGACCAAUUGGACUUGCCAGUGUUGUUUAUUACACAUCAUGGAUCAAAGAUGUGAUCGAUGGCAAAAUCAAAUUCGUCUAUCCUAAGCUCGUUACAACGAGUGAGCUUGACGUUACGGAGCCCUGUUUGUUGGGGAAUUCACCACCAUCACCACAUCCAAGACGUCAUAGUUUGUCCUGUCCAAGAAUCAGGAAGAAGGUACGAUCCAAAGAGGUACCAAAGAAAUUCAUGUAA